AUGAAGCUCGACGCAACAGAUCUACGCUAUGUAACAUCAGAAGAGUUCAGAGUCCUCACAGCGGUAGAAAUGGGCUCUAAAAACCAUGAAGUCGUGCCAACCCCCCUCAUUGCGCAAAUAUCAGGCCUGAAGAACGGGGGAGUGAACAAGCUGAUCGGAUCGCUAGCCAAGAGGAACCUUGUAUCAAAGGUGCAGAACUCCAAAUAUGAUGGAUAUAGGUUGACAUAUGGCGGAUACGACUACCUGGCUAUGCGUGCUAUGUCGAAGCGAGACACUCUGGCUUCAGUUGGAAACCAGAUUGGUGUUGGGAAGGAAUCAGACAUAUACGUCGUUGCUGAUGGCGAGGGGAAAGAGAUGGUGCUGAAGAUUCAUCGCUUGGGUCGCAUAUCCUUCAGGACCAUAAAAAGUAAACGAGACUACAUGGGUAAACGAAAAUCAGCGUCAUGGAUGUACAUGUCGCGACUAGCAGCACAAAAAGAAUGGGCUUUCAUGAAGGUCCUUCACGAAAACGGGUUCCCUGUCCCAAAACCAAUUGACCAAGCACGACACUGUAUAUUAAUGGAAUUCAUAGAUGCUUAUCCUCUCCGCCAAAUAGCGGAGGUUGAGUCUCCAGGGAAGCUAUACUCCCAGUUAAUGGACCUCAUUGUGCGAUUUGCCCGUUCAGGAUUGAUCCACGGUGAUUUCAACGAGUUUAACAUUCUCAUUCGCGAUACCGGUGAACCAAUCGUCAUCGAUUUCCCCCAGAUGGUCAGCACAUCGCAUGAGAACGCCGAAUGGUAUUUCAAUAGGGAUGUGGAGUGUAUACGGACUUUUUUCAAACGCCGUUACGGUUACGAGAGCUCCUUGUACCCGAGGUUCAAGUCAAUACGAUCCUCGGACGAGACUGAAGAGAGUUUCAGACUCGAUGUUGUCGUUGCAGCCAGCGGAUUUGGGCGCAAAGAUAUGAAGGUUUUAGAAGAGUACAUGGAUGCAGUCAAGGAGGAGGGGAGUAGCAAGGAGGAGGACGACGAGGAGGAGGAAGAGGAAGAGGAAGAAGAGGAAGAAGAGGAAGAGGAAGAAGGGGAAGAGGAAGAGGGGGGAGAGGAAAUUGGAGAGGGCGUGCACCCGGACGGUGAGGAGAAUGAUUCACGGGAUGUAGAAGACGACCCAACAAAACCAACAACGGAUGGAAAGCUUGAAAUCGAUGCGUCCACCCCUCCGAACAAGGAUGGACCAUUACCUGAACCCUUCUCACCUCUUCGUGAACUGUCGCGCUCUCCCCCCCGCUCAAGAUCACUUUCACCGACAUCGAUAGACAAAAUGGCUGAUGCAACCGCUGCCCUCAAUAUUCACGGUGUGAAGAGCAUCGUCUCUUCCGACCUUUCGAAGACUCGUGCCAGACAACAACGACUGCACCAUUCGAAGCGGUCGGUUCGGCAAGCUGGACGACCCCAAGGGAGUAAGGCCAAGCAAGAUACAAGGGUAAAACUCGAUGCCAAAGGCGGCUGGGACUAUUAA